UUUGUUACUAUAAGGGUGAAAUUUGAGGGUGAACAACAAUUUCAUGAAAAAUUUGCUCAAUAUUUUCGGAGAAAAAGAAUUAAACUAAGCACCACUAGAGAUAAGUGUUUCAUUUACUUGAAAACAUACCAUUUUCAGCUUUUGGAAAAAAUUGAAAACUUUGCGAUUCUAGAAAUAUUUUAUUUGGUGCCUCACACAAAUGCUUCUGACUUCUAAGAGCGCGUGAUACACACUUCACUUUCCCAAAAGCACAUAUAUAUAUGUGUGUGGUUAUGGACUUUCUGGUAAUAUGGUUAGUGAAAUUAUUCACCAACCACAGAGAGUAUAUUUUUUCUUCUGAGUCAACUCAAAUUUUUGAAAGAAAUAAUAAAAAUAAGAAGACCAUUAAUAUUUUAAAUGUGAUUCUCAAUUUUUAAAUCAUCACCACCAACUUCAAAAAAAAAGUUCCAUUCUUUUGGUUCUUUUUUUUUUUUUUUCCUUCUUGUUCAAGAACUCAGGGUGGUGAUUUUAAUUUUGUUUGUUGAAUGCAUGUGCCAUUUUGAUGUCCCUUUGUCUCUAGCAUUUUUUUUUUGGGCCAAUUUCUAAGGAUCCUAAUACAUUUAGAACCUUUUUUCCAUUUCUCAUAACCAAUAUACAGGUGUUGUUUUCAUAGGAAAAAAAAAACAGCUUUCUUUUGGUGGAGUUCUUGAAUUUUUAUCAGGAAAUUGCAAAAAAGUGGAAGAUUCAGAAGGUUCAAAAAGGGUAUUGAUAAUUGCUCAAACGUGAAGAGGGAAUGUGAGUGAAAUUCAAGAUUUUGGCAUUUGAUGCAUCCAGAAAUGUGUGAUUAUAAAAUAAAGUUUUUCAUAGUUGAAAUAUAUGAUUGUUGAUUUGAGUGUUUGAAGGAAAGAAAAAAGAGGAUAUUGGUUCAACAUUAGCAUUGUGGGAAUUUCUUGAGCACUUUUAACAGGAUGGAGACACCAGCAGCUCAACCUACUACUCCUCGGAAAAAGAUGACCAAACAAUUGACAGGCAAACGCGACGAUAGUGCGUUGCAUUCAGCAGCUAGAGCUGGAAAUCUUGUCGCGAUAAAAAAUACUAUCGAGGAGACAGGCGAGGAAGAAUUGGCAGAGUUGUUGAUAAAGCAAAAUUCAGCUGGAGAGACCCCCUUGUAUGUUGCGGCUGAAUAUGGUUACUAUGAGGUUGUUAGGGAGAUGAUCAUCUACUAUGAUCUUGUUGCAGCUGGAAUUAAAGCGAGGAACGGAUUUGAUGCAUUGCAUAUUGCUGCCAAACAAGGAGAUAUGGAUGUGGUGAAGAUACUAAUGGAAGCACAUCCCGAGCUCGCGAUGACUGUUGAUGUAUCAAAUACGACAGCUUUGCAUACAGCAGCAAACCAAGGGCACAUAGAGGUUGUGAAUUUUCUCUUGGAGGCACAAAGCAGUUUGGCUACUAUAGCUAAAAGUAACGGGAAAACAGCGCUGCAUUCUUCUGCAAGAAACGGACAUUUGCAGGUAUUGAAGGCUCUUUUGAGUAAGGAGCCGGGGAUCGCAACACGGAUGGAUAAUAAGGGACAGACCGCACUUCACAUGGCUGUCAAAGGACAAAAUCUCGAGGUUGUGGAGGAACUGAUUAAAGCUGAUCCUUCAUUAGUUAACAUGGUCGACAAUAAGGGAAACACACCGAUGCAUAUUGCAGCUCGGAAAGGGAGGGCUGAGAUGGUUAAAUUGCUGCUAGGGCAGAGUGAAACAGACACGAAAGUUAUCAAUAGGUCACACGAGACAGCUCUCGACACUGCUGAGAAAAUGUCACAGGUUGAGACCGUAGCCAUCCUGAAGGAAUAUGGCGUUCAGAGUGCUAAAGUCCUCAAACCACAGGCAACGAACCCUGCAAGAGAACUAAAGCAAACCGUCAGUGACAUUAAGCACGAGGUGCACGAUCAGUUAAAACACACAAAACAGACGAGAAAACGCAUACAAGGCAUUGCUAAGCGGCUUCACAAGAUGCAUCGAGAGGGGCUUAACAAUGCGAUCAACUCAACCACUGUAGUAGCUGUACUCAUUGCCACGGUUGCCUUUGCGGGAAUAUUUCAAGUGCCAGGGCAAUAUUAUAUGGAUCCGGAUAACCUCCCAGAAGGCCAUAUAAUCGGAGAAGCAAACAUAUCGAACCACCCUGGCUUCCUUGUGUUCUUUGUCUUCGACUCCAUCGCAUUAUUCAUCUCACUAGCAGUUGUGGUUGUGCAAACAACAGUGAUUGUGAUAGAAAGCAAAGCAAAGAGGCAGUUGAUGUCAAUCAUAAACAAGCUAAUGUGGACGGCAUGUGUGUUUGUAUCAGUGGCAUAUUUGGCGCUAUCAUUUGUUGUUGUUGGCACGCGUUAUAGGCUGAUGGCGGUUAUUGUGACAAUUCUUGGAGCAACUAUAAUGGCUUCAACAAUAGUUGUAAUGUUAUAUUGGGUCAUUAGGCAUCGGAUUGAGUCAUCAAACAAGAGGAGCAUGAGAAAGAACUCUUUGGCUAGUAAGUCUAUGGAAGGGUCUGAUUCAGUCCUUUCUGAUGACAACAAUGAAUUCAAAAUGUAUGCUAUAUAAGAUAUUGUAACUUCUUUUUUCUUCAAGUUUAGGGGGGAUUUGACAAUUGAAAUUUGUUUUUCAACCAUCAUUUUGGUGGAAAAUUUUGAAAGUGGUGCUAUGUUUACACUUCGGCUCGAACCUCCAACUUACUAAUUGGCGAUACGAAUACUCAAUCAAGUGAGAUUUUUUUUUUUUCUUCCAAAUUUCUAGUGUUAUUUUAGCCGAAAGCUAAGAACUUGUAUAGAGAAAGAAUUUAUCGCAGACAACGGUUGUUCCAUACCAACUACCACUA